AAAAUUUAAAUGAGACUUCGGGCGAUAAUUGUCAUUCAUCCGUUUGUUACCAUAUUGAUCGAGCAGUUGAUAACAGCUAUUCAUAGAGAUAAGAUAUAAAGAAAUAUUCGUUGGAACAUUUGCCGUGUGUAGUGGCCAUACUAGAAAUUGUGUGUUAUAAACUAUCGUUUACGUGUAAAGAAUUGGAAAGAUGCUUUGGUUCGCGAAAUGUAUAAUAGCAUUAGUCUGUUAUUCUGUUUUGUUUGUACCCAUUCCCGACGUUGAAGCUAGAAGAAAGCGAAAAUGCCCAUCGUCGUGUUUGCGAAAGAUUCGCGAGAUUGAAAAGAAAUCACAAAGUCGUUCGGUCCAAGGUCCACCUGGACCGCCCGGAUCACCAGGACUACAAGGUGCGCAAGGACGUCGUGGGCCAAGGGGCAAACGAGGAGAACGUGGACAGCAGGGUCCACCGAUAAGGCUUCCUCUUUGUAAAACAGGAGAAUAUCUCACAUCGAAUGGUUUUGAAUUGAUAUGCAAACCAUUAAGUAAGCCUAUUAUUUUAAGCUUAUUUGAAAACGUUCUUCAUGAAGCUUUUUGAUUGCUUUGAUGUUGCAUCA